GCAUGCCGGGCAGAUUGGCUGUCCAUUGCUGGAAACGCUCGUGCUACAGGCCACACAUUUUGCCGAGGAUUUCAAAGAAGUUAGUCGAGGCAGCCACAAAUCGAUUUAUUCAGGAUAGUUCAAUAUAAAGCGUGGCCCUUUAACAUUCUGAAAUAACGCUUUGUCGGGACAUGUCAUUUUGUUUUUAAGGAACAUCCAAUUUCCUGCAAAGUAUAAUCGAAUUUAAGGUGAAUUCAUAAUUCGUAUAAAUGAGCAAGAGGUCUAAUGACGCUUAUCAAAAUGACUAUCUGCGCAUCAGGCCGACCUUGACAUACACCGUUACUUUCAAUCAGGAAGUUGCAUGUGUCAAUCGAGGUACUCAUUCGCGUUUGGAAAGACCAUAGAGGACUCCUCCAUGGAAAGGCAUUUCAUCAGAUCUCGAGCCCCCCCCCUCUAUCAAGGAUGCUACCAAAUAAUACUUCAUCACUUUACUUGCGUUGCCUAAAAGAAUAAAGUUGUCUGCGAGACAUACAAACUACAUGUGCCUUAUGUUUUUGUAUUUCCAAUUCUUAACAUAUUACGCAUGCAUUAUGGAUUCAAAGUCAGCUAUAAAAAAAUCCCCGAAACCUUCUUUGGGUCUUGGUUUUCAUAGAUCACACCGGGAAGUAUUUUUUGGCGGAUUAUAUUCUUGUUAAGUUUUUUAAUCGAUUCCUCACGGCUGUACGCAAAUACAUAUUUUUUUUGUCAGAAGACCCGGCAUCAAUUAAAAAUCAAUUGGAUGCAUGAAAAUUGGUAUUUGAACCAACUGAUCAGAACGACCCUCAUUCGGUAACAUUAUAGUUUAUCAUCUUCAUUUGAAGUUCACUUUUUAUUUUGUUUGACGGAAAGCUUGAAUAAAAUUUUUUUGAGGUGGAAAAAAAUAAGUCUUUGAUGGAAGGCAUGCAUCCCCCCUCCACAGUUAUGGGGGGAAAAUUCUUUUUUGGUUGAACGGAUAACGGUUGUUCGGCGUGUUUUCGUUCCCGUUUGAGCCGGCGCCAACACAGCAUGGGUAAAAAGACUAGCCCAGCUGCCCGUACUGACAAAACACCCACAAUGUAGGAAUAACUUGGGCAAAACCACCACUGAAAAAAAAAAUUAUAGAGGUUCGAAGACACGAAAGAGGCCUAGCAAAACAAGCAGUGUCAGACAAGACACGACACACGAAGUGUGUGAGUGAAACAAACGGUUGUUUCACGAGAAUGUACACUGAACAUUUCGUGCUGAGUGCUCCCGUCUUCCCUCCGAUAUAUACAUGUAUUUCAGAUUGUCUCUCUUUCCCCUACGAUUUUUUUCCCCUGUUCGUGCCUUCAUCAUGUUUGCGUUGUUGACUCAUGGUCCGCAUUCCAUUCACAGUGGCAGCUCAGCAAGACAAGAGACACUGGGUCGCUUGGCCAAUCAAGAGCGCCCUCCGGUAUCACGUGGGUUGACCGCAGAUGUCAAUCACGUGACACAUCAUUCACCAUUGAACCGUACGUGUACAGCUGAAACGUGAAUUGAGCGGGCAGACGUCGACACGGGAGUCCAGCGCUAGGCAGUGAAUACGUACGGUACAUUUGCUCGUUCAUUCGAUGCAGUGGCCAUGCAUUGGACAAGCGUGUAUGGCCGUCGAGUGUAGCUAUACUCCAUGGUGCAUGUACACACUGUAUACAUGUCCAUGCUUUCAACAGAAAAUCGACGUUUAUUGCUACCAGAGCAGGGCUAAACGACGGCGAUGUAUCACCCCUAAAGGACAGGACAACGACAUGUCGGGUGAGGCCCACAUUUCUUGCCUCUUCCCCGAAAUACUGGCGCUCAUCUUCAGCUAUCUGGACGUGAAAGACAAGGGCCGGGUCGCCAAAGUGUGUCGGGCAUGGAGGGACGCCUCGUACCACCGGUCAGUGUGGAGGGGAGUAGAGGCCAAACUGCACAUCCGCCGCACCAACCCGUCUUUGUUCCCCAGUCUCGUGGCCAGGGGGAUCCGGCGGGUGCAGAUCCUCAGUCUUCGGAGGAGCCUCAGCCACGUCCUGCAAGGUAUGCCAAACAUUCAGAGUCUCAACCUUAGCGGUUGCUACAAUCUCACUGACUUUGGGCUGUCACACGCUUUCGUGCACGAAAUACCGACACUGACAGUACUCAACCUUAGCCUGUGCAAGCAGAUAACGGACACCAGUCUAUGGAGAAUAGCACAAUAUCUCAAGAACCUGGAAUCUCUGGACCUGGCCGGUUGCUGUAAUAUAAACAACACCGGCUUGCUUGUCAUAGCAAGGGGACUGCCUAAACUCAAGUGUCUCAAUCUGCGGAGUUGUCGGCACGUCUCGGACGUGGGAAUAGGCUACCUGGCCGGCAUGAGCAGCGAGGCGGCGAAAGGGGUUUGUAACUUGGAGGAGUUGGUCUUGCAGGACUGUCAGAAAAUCACCGACAGCGCGCUGGGUAGCGUGGCUCAGGGGCUGCCCCAGCUCCGGGCCCUGAACCUGAGCUUCUGCUGCGGGGUCACGGACUCCGGCAUGGUCAACCUGUCCCGCAUGCCCAGCCUGCGGGAGCUGAACCUCCGGAGUUGCGACAACAUCAGCGACAUCGGGAUCGCCCACCUGGCCGAGUGCGGAGGCCACUUCACCUCGCUGGAUGUCAGCUUCUGCGACAAGAUCGGCGACGCGGCGCUGGCCCACAUAUCUCAGGGAAUGUACAACUUGACGAACAUCAGCCUCAGCUCUUGCCAUGUGACGGACGACGGGCUGGACCGCCUGGUUCGCAACCUCCACGGGUUGACCACGCUCAACAUCGGCCAGUGUGUGAAGGUCACGGACAGGGGGCUCAAGCUAAUCGGGGACCACUUGCAUAAACUCAAAUGCAUCGACCUGUACGGGUGCACCAAGAUCACCACCGUUGGUUUGGAGAGGAUCAUGCAGCUUCCGUGUCUCUCCGUUCUGAAUUUGGGCUUGUGGCAUAAAAGGUAGCCCACGGCUGGCUCCAUAGCUGCAGUCCAAUACACCGGCACAUGUACAGUACAUGUACAGUACAUGUACACCACGGAGUGUAUUCACGCGUUUACUGCGGCACACCAAGGCCUUUUAUUGUGUGGUCCAGUGACCGACUGCAGCGCUGGAUGGGGGGGGGGUUGCUGUGCAUUUAGAAUAGCAGGCGUGCGGUCACCAAAGCACAAUAUCCAAGCGGGUCAGAGCGCUGUUGCGCGCCUAGUGCUGGGCCGCCUGCAUAUUGUCGUCAUGCAAAGAAACCCUCGCGGCAAUUCACGGGGGAAAACCUCGCAGUGCGGUAAUAGUAUGCUUGGAGUAUGGUGGGACCCCUGAACUGCAUGCAGUGUUCUCUUUCCCGAAUCCAGCCCAGGGAUUAUACCGAACCUUUUGACUAAAUGAAUGCACUUCCUGCCCGUUCAAAGGCAGAGUGCGUCUGGGUUAAAUUCCGCCGUAUCCCCCCCCCAAAAAAAAGGUUGAACCACCACCGUGGUUGCACCGAUGAUUGAUACAGUGAAUGCUGAAUCAAACCGUGCGCUGAUGCAUUACUACAAUGGAGCCUGCAGAGCAACGCUCUUGAUGAUAAUAUCCUCAAUAAUUAUGGCAAAAUGGAUACGUGUGAACAAAUACAGUAGAAAGAUUUGACCAAGGUCUACAAAAAUUACUGAGUGUUAAUAUAAAACUAUUUUAAUGGUAAGUGGUGAAAAUGGGGACUUGUUACAAAUUAAUUGGGAAAAUGUGUCAAACUUGGUCAGGACGGGGAUGAAGGUUGAAAUGGACGCAUGAGAGGACAGGGAUAGUCUGCAUGGAGAAGAGGUGGCGGUAUUAACGCCUAGCCACCCAUCGCAUUUGAGAUUUACGCCAUUGAUCCGCAGGCGGGUCGAGGGUUUGGUUCUUUUUCAAGAGAUCCCCGCUGCAUCCGUGUACCCCUCACCACCCAGCGCCGCCGGCCGCUUUGCUGCUGAUGCAAGAUUCGUGCUCUGCGGAUCACGGCGCCCCGAGCGAGCGAGUCACGCUGGUUUGCCGACCAUGCCUCGGCUGCCUUUUUCCCACCGUCUUCCCAUCCAUCCUGCUACGAUUUUCUGGAAAGGGGGGGGGGCAGAUGGAUAAACCUGGGGUCAGCUGCAGACUGGAGCCCUUGUCCAGCGUUCAAGUGUAUGCAUGUAGUCUGCUUCUGACGCUCUGCACUGAUAUUUUUGAGCUCCAUCUGUCGGGCCCCGACCCAGACGAUAGAGAAGAGUUGUCGGGCAUGGUGUGAAUUUGAUGCGUGCGGUGAUACCCAAGGGAACGCGAUCCCAUUUUUAUAAAUUGGCCUACAUUAUGCAGUCUAACGCAGCACGGGUAUGAAACCAUGAAUGUUUGAUGUCGCGAUGCAGAUUAUCCUCCACAUAAUGGAACUGCAAAACGGGACUUUUUUUUUCAUGGAAACCUGAUUGUACACGUACUUUCCUUCCGAUCCGUUUCUUUGAAUUGUAUAAAGCCUAACCUGAUAUUGCUGGAUCUUGAGUUUUAAACCCCUCCUCAUUCUGGGAUUUUUAACCCAUAGUUGUUUACAGUAACACCAUCUGUAAAUAAAUUCUCUUAAAUUACCUCAUGAAAGAACUACCAGUUAAAUUCAUUUGUCACAAUAUGUAAACAAGCUAUCUCGGGGCAGUUCCUUUGUUGUAUCUCUGAUGGACACGAACAAAUUUAGAAAAAAAAAUGAAAAAAAAUCCAAGAUGGCUGACAGACGAAACGUGUUUCACAAAAUACAAACGAUGCCCUGUUAUUAGUUCAGAAAGUUUCAGCUUACUUGCUCUUGGCUACAUAAAUCACCUUACUUCAAAAUAGGUGUCACGCCGUGACCCAGAGACAUAUAAAUUACAAAGCUUGGUAUCAGGUAAAGAUGACACUAGGCGCCAUUUCAGUCUCACCGUCUCCAAAAAGGGUUAAUUUUUUGACACUGGUCAAGUUGUCUCAUCCACAGCAGGGAGGUUACAGCGCAAAACAAUACCAAUGCAGUGUUUGUCUGAAGUCGGUAAUUAAGUCCAGUAGUUUAGCCGUGCCUAGUCCGCUUUCACUAAAAUAAAAUUCCAUUGCUGGAAGUCUCCGAAAUUCAAAUCUUAAGAUAAAUUAUAUAUGAUUUUUAUCAAAAAAAGAGAGCAACGUGGGCGUUGUGGGUCAACAUAUUGCCUGUUUGCGUCCUAUGACACACGAUUUCACUGACUCCGUAUAUGAAUUGUACGUACGAGUACUGCAUUGAACAUGUAUAUCAGAAAAUGAGCAUUGUGUCGCUCUGCACCAUUGUAACAUGGCGCCAGUCAGCGAAAGAGCAAAUUAAGUGAUGAAUUUUAUUCCAUGGAACAUCGAUUUUAAUAAACUGUGUAUUGAUAUGGCUGGAAGAGUAUUUUACUACAAAAUGAAUAAAACGGUUAUCCUGAAAA